AUAAAAAAAAUCCUCUGUCAAAGCCGAACAAAUUUUCAUUACCGCAACGAUGUCUCGGUUAGAUUAAAACCAAAAUGUAAAAAAAUAUAUAACAAUAACAAUAGCCGCAAUCAAUAAAUAUAACACUAAAAUGUAGAAUAAAAAAUAAUAAAAAAAAAAAAACCAGAAAGUUACAAAUUCAAUUGAUUUUCCAAGAUGUUUAAGGAUGACGAUGACAAAGACGAAGGAGCAGCCUUCGGCAUCACCAGGUAUCAGUGCAUGCCGUCGUUGGUGGCGUUGCAGCAGAUGAGGAACCGUCUCCAUCUGGCUUUCCUCGGCAAGAAGCUGAUGAAAUGGACUGCCUUGGCUACCGGCAGGGAGAUGAGGCGGCUCGCCCAGGAGUUAUACGACGUGUACGAGGGUUUCGGUGAGGAGUUGAGAAAUGCCUUCAUUCUGCUCGCCAGAUGUCGCUACUUCUCUCCGCCAUUAAACAGCAUAGUCUUAGAAGAUAUUGGACAAAAGGCUGGUGUGUUAGUACAUCAGGCUACAAAGACGGUGUCGGCAGUGAAGAUAGUCCAAUUUGACAUAUUCGAGACUGAAUAUCCCCCUUAUCCACAUUUGGGAUUGGAGAAAGGGGGACAGACCAUAUACGAGACGAAGAAAGCCUGGCUGGAUCUGCUCAAGCGGCUUAUUAUGAUGAUGCAGCUCAGAGCCAGUUUCCUCAUGGUGGAGCUAGCCCAUAAAAAUGCCAAUAAGAAAAUGAACGUUUUGGGAAAAGUUGUCAUACCGAGAACAAAUGUAACAAUGGAUUAUAUAAAUAACGAGCUGGAGGAAUAUGCGAGAGAGGAGUUUUUUAGAUUAAAAAAGGUUUUGGAAAUUAAAAGGAAAAUGUAUGGAGAUAAGGAUGGGAAGAAAGAAAAGCCGAAGGACCCUGGGGAUCUAUCAUUGUGUCCAGGUUGUGUUAAGGACGAUGAAGAUUCAAAAGAAGAUAAGAUCAAGGAACUACAGAUUAAAACUCCCGAAGAGGAUAUGUCGGCCUAUGGCGGGUUGAUGCAAGAGAGCCAACUGAAUGAACUAAUAAAACAAAUAAGCGAGGUCGUGGAUACCACUAAGGAUAUGGAUAAAAAGGGUCUGGUCUCAGCCAGUGUUGAGGAUUUUAUAAAGACCGCAGAGGAGUUGAAAGCGAAGUUGGCACAAAAAUCGGAAUUAGACGAAAAAGAAGAUGUGAAAAAUGUAGAAGAUGAGCUGGAGAAGGUAGCAAAGGAACUAGAAGACUUGGAUGAAAACCCUAGCAUAGACCCGCAGAUGGAAGACGAUAUGGAGUAUGGUAAAUUAUGCGACUCGUGUAAAAACAAAUGUAUUAUGAAAGAUAGAGGUAAAGAUAAAGAUAUCCAAUCCGUCUUGUUUGACGAUGAAGAUUCAAUAAAAUCUACGGCACCAAGGACCGCGACGAACACUACGCCAGGGUCAGGACUAUCUGAAGAGACUGUACAACUAAAGCAAUCAAGCCAAGAGGAAUUUCUUGAUGAUUCUGAUUCCGAUUUGGGGGCUUUUGAGAAGGAAGUAAAAGAAAUCACCACAAUCACAAGAACAAGAAACGAAGAUGGAUCGGUUAGUGUGCAAAAGAAAAUUGUAAAAAUUGAAAGACAAUUUAGACCCGUUCGAAACCAAGGCUCUCAAGGUCCUAGCCGAUUCGAUUCUGGCAAUCCAUCGAGGAACGCAUCCAAUCAGCCAUCGACUACUUCAUCCCGGAAAUCAAAUCCAUAUUCGGGUUCAAAAACUGUUGGUUCUAUAAAAGUUCCAAUACCUUCUUAUAAAUCUAUAUUUAUACCAAAUAAAAAUAUAAGGAAGGCUAAGUCGGAAACAUUUAAUCAUUACACCCCGAUGUCUGAUCCCAUAGAAAGACAAUGUUUGUCAUCAGGAACAUUGCUCUCAGCAGAUUUAGAUUUCAAUAUUAACCCAAUGAGAAGUAAUAAUUCUGUAUUCGGAGAAAAUAGAUCGAAUUAUCAAAAUGGAUUUUACAAUCAAAGUCACCUAACAAAAGUUAAUAGCUACCAACAGAAGAAUGUUACAUACGAAAGUUUAUCGGAUCCUGACAACAAUAAAACGCUGUCGUCAUCUGACGAGGAUUUGUUUAGAGAUAGCGGCAAUAGUAAUUCAAUUUCCGAUGCCACAGUUAAUCCGAAAUGUAAUCAGAAACUAGGUGUGAGCGUGUCUUUUAGCAUAACAUCAUCUUUUUCCUCCGCAUUAUCUUGUUGUUCAGUUAUAUUACAUGAAAGCUACAAAAAUAAAAAGAAGGAACAGAAACAAACUCUAGGCAAUAGGAAAAAGAGUUCUACAGGUCUCACAUUAAUACAGACGAAUGUCGAUACGUUUGUAGCUGGGUGGUUAUCAGCAGCUCCGACAAAACCUGAACCAAAUAUUAAGUCAAGAUUUUAUAUCCGCAGGAAAUGGAAUGUCCUGGGGAAAGUGGUUGUACCAAGAAUCAAAUUAACAAGUGCUUAUAUAAAUUCAGAGCUAGAGGAAAUUGAAAGGGAGGACAACUUUAGAUUGAAAAGAUUCAAAGAGUUAAAGAUUAAGAAAAAAAAGGAAGUUGAGGGACCAGCAGAAAAACCGGGACCGAAAGAAUCAAUAACGAAUAAAAAUGAGGAUUCCUCUUUGACCUCUUAUAAAUCAGUAAGAUCGGACAAAUUUCCUGUGUGUGAUCAAAGUUCUGUCUGCGUUUGUAAACCUGCUUCAGUUGGAGGCGAUGAACUGGUGUCGUUGAAGAAUAUCGACUUUAUAGACCAAAGAGACUUCAGCUUAGACUCUGUCAGAGCGAACAAAAACAAGAAUGAAAAUAAAACUGACAGUAUAUUAAAAUUAUUCCAAAACGAGAGUAGAAAUUCAAAAAUAACAACAAUCAGGGAACUUAAAGAUUUUAAAGAGGAAGUUUAUGAUGAUGCAGGCACAAUACCUUGUUCGUGUCAAUCUAAAUAUAGAAAGAGUAGUAUAACUACGGGUGAAGAAGUAUGCUGUAGAAGAGUAAGUGAAUCACAAAGCGAAUUGUGGAGGCAAGCGUCGGGAGCGAUCCCAUGUGUUUGUAAAACUAAAGCAAUAGAAUUUAUAGACCAAAGGGAAAAAGGAAAUGAUGGCAGCGUAAAUGAACCGUUAUUUUUAGAGCCAGACACCAAAAGUGCUUGUUGUAAGUCAAAAACACCGUCAAUUGAAUUUAUAGAUCAAAGAGAUGCCCGUUUUGAAAGCUUUUCGAAUUCAACAAACGGAGGCUCUCAAAAUGACAACAGAACAACAAAUUAUUUCAUUUACUGCACCAUAUCCAUUGUAAAAGGAGGACGAAAAUAUAUGCAACAAGCAAAACCAAGUUGUUGUCAUAAAUCACAACAAAUUGAAUUCAUAGACCAAAGAGAGACAAACAGUGAAACUAAAUUUGUACCCGACUCAAAAGCUGAUUGUUGUAAUAAAUCACGACAGAUUGAAUUUAUAGACCAAAGAGAGGUAAAUAAUGAUAUGAAGUUUGUUCCCGACGCGAAAGUGGAUUAUUGUAAAUCACAACACAUAGAGUUCAUUGAUCAAAGAGAGAUAGAUAAUGAAAUGAAGUCUGUUCCUGACUCGAAAGAAAUUGAAUUUAUUGACCAAAGAGAGAUAGAUAUUGGAAUGAUGGUUGAUCCUGAGUCAGAAGUGAAUUCUUAUAAAACGCAAAAAAUUGAUUUCAUAGACCAAAGAGAGAUAGAUAACGAAAUGACAUUUAUUCCCGACUCAAUACUAAAUGAUGGUAAAACACAAAAAAUUGAAUUCAUAGACCAAAGAGACCAUAGACUAAAUGAUAAUAUAAAAUAUAUUUUUGACUCUUGUAAAUCACAAAAAAUUGAUUUUAUAGACCAAAGAAUGAGAAAUAAUGUAACCAAUGUUAUAGAUGACUUGAAAACCUCCUGUUGCAAAUCUAGCUCGCCGACAAUUGAAUUCGUAGAUCAGAGGGAUCCAGGAAGAGUAGUCAAUUUGAAUACAAAUAGCCCAUGCUGCGGUGAAACAGACAAGGAAAGGGGUCGUAGAGAACAAACAAAACAUAAGGUAGACUCAAAAACUUCCUGCUGUAAAUCAAUAUCACAAUCAAUUGAAUUUGUAGAUCAAAGGGAAAUAGAAAAAAAUGGUAAUUCAACAAACAGUGAAAUGAAUUCAAAAGAGGAAAUGAAAUAUAAGCCAGAUUCAGAUACUUCCUGUUGCAAAUCUAAAUCGCAUUCAAGAGAAUACAUAGACAGAGAAAAUAAAAGAAACGAAGGUAAUUUAAACCAAAAUAAUGUAUGUUGUAAAGAAGAAAGUGAACUUAAUACGAGGGAUGUGAAUUUAAAAGAUAAAAUUAAAUUUAAGUCCAAUUCAAAAACGGCCUGUUGCAAAUCUAAGUCGUUAGAUUUCAUAGAUGAAAGGAAAUUAUUAAAAAAAGAUUCCAGCGAUUUUAAAAAUCGUGAUACAGGAAAUUAUGUGUCCUUGUUAAAAAAUAACAGAGAUAUUUGUUCGUCUUGUAAAUCAAGUAGUUCGCAGUACGCUGAAAAUAGUUCAGAUGUAACACAGUCUUUAGACAUUAAUACAGAUUUUAGUGGUUCCGUUUUCCAAAAUCCAGAAUCAAAUAUAGAGAGUUGUACUCAAAGUAUUUGCAGCCACUGUUCACUCGCAAAUAAAAACUUAACAAGCGAUGACGCACUUAAGUCUCUGUCUUCUGAUAAAAAUUGUACUAACAUAUGUGAAAAACAAUUACAGGAUAAAAAAGGCAGUUCAAAACAUAUUUGUAAGGGACGUAAGGCAAAAAGUGAAAAUAACGAUAUCGGCUUUAAACAAACUGUAAAAGAAAUAAACGAAAUGAAGAUAACCUGCAAGGACGGCAGCUUCAAAGCUGAGAAGCGAAUUAAGACAAUAACAAAUGAGAAAAACAACGUACCAUGCGGUAAAUGUCAUUCAGAAAGUCUGGUUUACAAAAAACCAAGGAAUGCGUCAUUACAGAAAUCAAUAAAAUCACUUAAAUCAAUAAAUCUAAGUAAAUUUAAAAUAUUUACAUCCUGUUUUGUUUCCAAAGGAAAAUCUAAAACGUCUUGUAGUGGAGUUUCUCAAUGUUCAGAGGUAGAUAAAAAUUGUUCAGGAGUUUUAAAUAAAAGUAAUCCAUCGACAUCUGAAUGCUCUGUUGCUUCCGUCAAUUAUAGUAAUAGUGAUAAAACGACCACUUGUUAUACGUGUACAGGAACCCAAACAAACGAUCAGGCAAAAAAGGUUCAGACAUGUUCAAGUUUAAGUGGUGGGAGACCAUCAAAAGUGAGUUCCAAAUCUAGUAUCAAUAUUAGAAUAAUCGCUAAGAGUGGCACCGUUACACCAAAGGAGGGCACAAAUGACAUUGAGGUCACACCCAGUGACUUUAGCAUACUCAAGAGAAUACUUAUACGGGCUAGCAAGUCUUCAGCGUGUAUUACGAAAUCAAAAAAGUCGAAAUCUAGUUCUAAGGGCAGUUGCAGUUCUAGUUUAAGUGCGAAAUCGUCAAGUUCCACAAAAAGGGACCUAUCUUCUUGCCCUAAUGACAAGUGUACACGAAAAAAACCAAAGAAACACAAUUGCCAACUCGAGAAUAAAGAACCUUCUAUGAAGAGUAGUAAGACGACAAUGACCUCAAAAUGCACUUGUUGUUCUGGGUGGAAAACUAAAUCUUCCACUUCGAUAGAAAGAGAACCCCCUCCCUGCCACCAAGAAAUGCGUAAAGGUAGCCAAGAUCAAACAAAAAAAUUCAACUAUUUUAAUAGAAAAGUGAAAAGCGAAACAGUUCAAUUUGGGCCGUCAUGUUGUAGUGUCCGGAGUUCUGUGAAAAACGUGUCCACUGAAUCCGUUGCCGAUUCAUGUAGUAAGCUAAUUUCUAGAAUCGUAAAAAAACAUUCAUGCGUAUCAAAUACCAAAACAAAAUCGUCGCCCGCAACUAAACUUGAUAGUAAACUCUGCACUUGUAAUGACAAAAAGAGCGCUGAUGCAAAGGAAUGUAUAUGCAGUAAAUCGAAAAGCACGCCACAGAAGACGUGUACGUGUAGUAAAACAAAGGAAAAAGAUAAAUGCUCAUGUAAUGUUAGGGAGAAGAAUAAAAGUAAAUGUACUUGUUCAACACCGAAGCAGUGCACUUGUAAAAGGUUACCACCGAAACGAUGUCCAAGUGACUGUGACAGAAUUUCAAACAGGCCAACAGAGUACUUGGACAAGCUUGAAACAAAAUACUUCAGCAAGAACUGCUGCAAAUCAGCAACCCCGAGUGACGUGCUAUCAUCUGGUAGCAACGAUUCGAAAACAAAUAAUGCAGCCACACAAAAAAGUUCAAAGCAUUCCUGCGACUCAGUCUGCUCCCAGGAUAAAUUUGUCGUUGAAGUUCCUUCUCAAUGCUCGUUCUGUGGAAUGAAAGAGGCUUCGACUAUGACCAGAAGAUCUGAUAGGUAUGAUGUUAGGCCAUUGAGAUUACUUUCAAGAAGGAAGCCGUACUUUUGCUGUCAAUCUGAUACGGGGUUACUAUCGCGCGCUAAGGCCUUAAAGAUUAAAAUUACAAGAUGUCGUUCCGCGGACGAUAGGAGACGAUAUUGCUAUUGAACUGUCUCUCGAUCUGAUAUUUUAUACAAUGCUAUCUUAUUUUAGUGCACCUCCCAAAACAUUAUGUUCUAGUACCUUAGAUAUAUAACAUUUGAUUAAAUAAACUUUACAUAAAUGAUUAUUGCAAUAAAUUUUUUA